AUGUUCUACCAGUACAAUGGCACCAAAUAUCUUUUGAAUUUGAUUGACACUCCGGGCCAUGUUGAUUUCAGCUACGAAGUCUCCCGCUCACUGGCCGCCUGUCAGGGAACUCUUCUUCUUGUAGACGCAUCACAGGGCAUACAAGCCCAGACAGUGGCAAAUUUUUUCUUAGCCUUUGAUCAGGGAAUCACAGUCGUGCCUGUCAUCAACAAAAUCGAUCUCCCUGCUGCACAGCCAGAUCGAGUGAUACAACAAAUCGAAAGUACUUUUGAAUUGGACGGCAAUGACAUACUCAAGGUCUGGCGUUUGCCAGAUGGCGAUGUCAAUAAACCACUUCGAGCACUGCUGUUUGAUUCGUGGUAUGAUACCUACGUCGGGGUUGUCUGUCUAAUGGCCGUAGUUGAUGGGAAAUUGCAAAAAGGCGACAAGUUAUUAUCUGCUUAUUCUCAAAUACGCUACGAUGUUAUGGAAGUUGGAAUUAUGCAUCCUGAGCAAACAUCAACGGGUUAUUUACACGCUGGACAAGUGGGCUAUGUCAUAUGUGGCAUGAAAGUAGCAUCUGAAGCACAUAUCGGGGACACGUUUUAUCAUGUCAAAGCUCCCGUCCAGCCAUUUCCUGGAUUUGAGCCCGCGAAGCCAAUGGUAUUUUCGGGUAUAUUUCCAAUAGACACGAAUGACUUUAAUAAACUUGACGAAUCAAUCACGAAACUCACCAUCAACGAUGCGAGCGUCUCUGUACAGAAAGAAUCUAGGUUGGGUGAGGACGCCAGUAAUGACAAUAAUGAAUACCACAGAAAGUAUGGCACUCGGACAGGGUUGGAGAAUAGGCUUUCUGGGAACAUUACAUAUGGACUAACCUAUAACGACGGCACCGUUAAAACAAUCCGGAAUCCUGCCGAUUUCCCUGAUCCUCACGAAAUAUCAACAUCCGUACUAUCCGUCUCCGAACCAAUGGUUCUCGGUACUGUCAUUCUACCCGAUCAAUACAUGGGUCCGGUAAUGGACUUAUGUGGAGCUAGGCGAGGUGAACAAUUAGAAUACACUUAUAUUGACGAGGCGAGGGUUAUUGUAAAGUACAUUCUGCCACUCGGGGAAAUCGUUAAGGAUUUUCAUGACGAAUUGAAGGGGAGAAGUAGUGGAUACGCAAGCUUUGACUAUGAAGAUAUGGGCUACCGAGAAGCAGAUAUUGUCAAGAUGAAUGUUUUAAUAAACCACAAGCCAGUUGAUGCCCUCGCCGCCAUUCUCCAUCGUAGUCAAGCAGAAGUUGUUGGUAGGGAAUGGGCAAGGAAGCUUAGAGAUGUCAUUCCAAAGCAGCUAUUUGAGGUUGCAAUACAGACAGCUAUUGGGAAUAAAAUUAUCGCUAGAGAGACUAUUUCUGCUUUAAGGAAGAACGUCACUGCUAAAUGUUAUGGGGGAGAUGUCACUAGGAAGAUGAAAUUAUUAAAUAAACAGAAGGAAGGCAAAAAGAAGCUCAAAAUGAUUGGCAAUGUUGAAUUGCCCCAAAAGGCAUUCUAUGACUUCUUGUCAAAGGAUAAAGGCAAGUCUAAAUAA